AUGACUUACGAAAACAAAAUCCUGAAAAGCCAGUAUCAGGUACUGUUGCCCAUUGGCCAGGGUGCCUUUGGCUGUGUGAGGCUGGGCUACCAUAGGCUUACGGGUACCCUGGUGGCCAUAAAGACUGUGGAGAACAACAAGAAAAACCUGCGGUGGAUCUUCACUGAGAAGGCGAUACUGGAGAAGCUAGAACAUCCAUACAUCAUUCGCCUGUACCAGUUCAUCAUUUCUGAAAAGGAAGUCCACUAUGUGACUGAGUUUGCUCCAGGAGGAAACUUAUUCCGGAUAGUGAAAGACAAUGGCAGAAUGCAGGAGGGGGAGGCUAAGAAAGUAUUCGGGCAGAUACUGGCAGCCAUCAAAUACUGUCACAACUUAGAUGUUGUGCAUCGUGACUUAAAGCCCCAAAACAUCCUUCUCGACGGGGAGGGCAAUGUAAAAGUGAUUGAUUUUGGCCUUGCGGCACAAACUCGAUCUGGCACUAAAUUGACAAGACGUUGUGGGACCAAGGCCUUUAAUGCUCCUGAGUUGGUGCAGAGACAGCCCUAUGAUGGGAAGAAGGCAGAUAUAUGGAGUCUUGGUGUGCUCCUUUAUUAUAUAACCAGUGGCUACCUUCCCUUCAAAGAACAAACCAUAAAAGAGACAGAGGUGAAGAUCAUCACAGGUAUAUAUCAUGUUCCUGAGCAUGUUUCACCACCACUUAAAAACCUCAUUUUCCAAAUGCUCAACGUUAUGCCAGAGAGGAGGCCGUCCAUUGAAGAUCUUGAGAAACAUGCAUGGGUUAAAAAAUGUGAAAUAAAGGUGCCAAGUGAGACCUACCCAGAUCCCAAAAUUGUGGACAUGCUCUGUGACUUUGGGUUUAAUCGCAAUGCCAUCUUUGAAUCUCUACAGAAGAAAAAAUAUGAUGAGAUUAUGGCAUUUUAUCUCAUAUUGAUGGAGAAGGAACGAAAGGGGCUUGACCUUGGCAGCACCACCGAAGCCAAGCCUGUGGACCCUGGACCCACACCACCCUCCACCCCAGCAUAUGCGUCUGUCUCUAGUCUUCCCCUAAAGCGCAUCACCAGUGCCCCCACCUUUGGCCUCCUCUAUGCCAAACCCUCAGCCCAGCAGCAGCCUGUUGCCAGGACACUGCUAGGGAAGAAGCUGGUCAGAAGCACCUCCCUGCCUGCCAUUACUCUAUGCUUGUCCCGGAACAACAGCCCCGCUUGUACCUAUAUUCCCCCAUGCCGAGCUGUGACUGCGCCAUGUAUAUGUUGCAGCGUGUUAAAAGAGGAACCGCCCCUGCCACCAGGGCGAGACUCCGCCACAGACAGAGUACCUCCUCCUCAGGACAUUGGGCCGGUCUCCAGUGUCUGUGAGAGUCUGAGGAAGUGUGGGGAUGCCAGUGUCAUGGUACUAGGGGUCUCCAGCUAUAAUCUGACCUUCAACAAGAGGAGUCAUGAGGCUUCCCUGAUUGGGACAACCCAGCUGAAGCCACAAUCAAAACAUUGUGCACUGAGGUGCAUCCCUGUUUGUGUCAGACUGCUGGUGCUUUCCCACAAGGUGCUGCUGCUUGUGGACACCUGUCGGGCCAUGGGUUUCUGUCUGCAGGACAAAGGGUCACUGGCACUAAAGUUAAACAGCCUCACUGUAUCAUCAUCCGAAGUGUGGAGGUCAGUGGUAAACGGGGGUGUGGGCCUCUCCCUUCGCUGGCCUUACACUGUCAAGAGUGACGUUCAUCUCAACACCUACACCCAGAAUUUGUCUGAAGACGGAGCCUGGGCAGGGCCACCUGGGCAGAAGUCCUGA